CGUCUCCUCUGCAGAGUCGGACCUGUGGGUGGAGCAGCAGCCCCUUCGGAACUUAACCCUGGGACCAAAUUGACGAAUCACCAUGCUAGCUUCCAUUACUUAAAGUCCCACAGUGUCUCACGAGCGCUAAUCUCCGCAGUAACUGGAAACGUCUAUUGCCAGGUAUAAAUUGUCAAGCGUCCCCACCCACUGCUUCAAAAUUGUAACAUUAAGCGUCUGAGCGACGUCGCAUGCGUAUAGUAGACGAUUAACAUGCUGCCGAAGACGCCAUCAGAAUAUAUUCGGUGUGCAGUUAGUCAAAAAUCCAGUCUGUAGACAGUCUUGCUGAGGUGAAGACUCAUCGCCGAUGUGCUUGAUAAAUUUACUUGCUUUCCUUUGAGCACAAACAAGAAUCUGGCGAAUUUUAUGCUGGGUAUCCAGAACAUCUUAUGGAGAAUCUGGGCAAAAUCUACUCCUAGUGGCGACGGUACUCGGCCUGAAUCUGGUGGGGAGAAAAAUAAUAACAGCGAGUCGAUCAGCUCGAGCGCGCUUUUUGAAAUGGAGGAAGAAAGCAGGAUGGAAAUGUACGUGGGAAACAUCUUCGAGCCCUUAACACGGGGCCGCUCAAAUACGUGGCCCCAGCCGCGGCCAGAAGGAUACGUCGAUGGACCGCCGCUAAUCGAUGGCGCGGCAAUGACUGGCAACGCCGAGUCCCUCAGGAUUGAUCCUUCGACGCAACAGAAUUCUCCGGGCCAAGAUGCUGGGCCUUCGGCGAUCAAGAAAAAGUCGCCGAGACGAAACGCCUGGGGAAAGCUGAGCUAUGCGGAGCUCAUUACGCAGGCUAUUAAUAGCUCUAAGGACCAGAGACUCACGCUCGCCCAGAUCUACGAGUGGAUGGUGAAAAAUGUCCAGUACUUCAGAGACAAAGGCGAAACCAACAGCAGCGCAGGCUGGAAGAAUUCCGUGCGUCACAACCUGUCGCUGCACAACUGCUUCAUCCGCGUGCCGAACGAGAGUUCUGGAAAGAGUUCCUGGUGGACCAUCAACCCGGACGUGAAAUCCGGGAAAACCACGAGAAAGAGGGCCGCGUCCAUGGAGGCCGAGAAAUUCGAGAAGAGACGAGCUCGAGUCAAGAAGCUAGCAGAGGCUUCGCGGAAGGCCAGUCUACACUUCGACGUCACCUCCAGCGCGAGUAACUGCGUCAGCGAAGGCAUCGAGCCCUUCCAUUACGGCGGCAGUCCGUUGCAGCACAGAGCAGCGCAGUCGCCGGCUUUCCGAGCCCGGGCAUCGAGUUCCGCUUCUUCCGUUGGCAGAUUGAGUCCCAUACCCGCUGCUAACGAGCCGGAAUGGACGUAUGGACACGCGCAUGGCCACACGGCCGCCAGCCCAGCCGAGCAGUCGACGGUGACGCCGCUGCAUCAAAUCAAUCAUACGUCAGCCUUGGACCAGCAGCCGAUGCGCUUGUCUGCGACCUGCCAGAUGGGGCAACCGGAAGCUCCGGGCAACGACCUCCAAAGCCUACCCGUCGCUUAUAGCUUAGACCGACAGAUAGCUCAAAUGUGCCCUGUGCAUCGUCUCGAUGUUUGCAAUUGUGAUUUGAGCAUGCUACAAAUGGACACGCGGACGCAGGUGGCGAACGCGGCUGCUUCGUACGCCUAUUGCGCAACCGAUGGGCCGAAUCAUUAUUUCGAUGCUGCCUACGGGAAUCAAUACGGCGUGAUGGCAUCGCAGACGACAUUGAUGCCGAUUCAAGAAAUGGCGGAUUUCGGAUCAAUCGUCGACUUGCAAAUUGAGAGCCAGCAGCCCAUGGUGCGAAAUAACUCGAUGCUCGACGACAUCGACGAAAUAAUAAGGAAAGACCAGUACGCGGCGAUUGAUCUCGUGAACACGAGUAUGUCCACGGCAUUGUACAUCAGCGGCAAUAAUCCCGUGAAUUCGGUUGGCCAGAACUCCUGGAUCCAUUUGUAAAGCACUGCACUCACAAAAUCGCGCACUUGUUGAUUUCGAUUCGAAUCCAUCUAUUAUUAUUAGAGAAGAUUUUUUUUUAAUAAUUCAUCAAUUCUAAAGCUAGCACACAAUUAAAACAUUUAUAACAGAAUCAAAUUAAAGAUACUGUAUUCAUGUAGGCUACAUAAUAUUACGUAAUAUAUCGCAACAUAACUUAUAUGCGUAAAUACCGACAAUGCACAUUUUAUAUUUUUGUAAAUUCAAGCUUUUACUAAUAAACAAUUUUUCGAUGUGUAAGUAUGUAAAUGAAAA